GAGAGAGAGAGAGAGAGAGAGAGAGAGGGAGGGAGGGGAGGGGGGGCAGGCAGGCGUGAGCUUCUACCUAUUGUUGUUUCUUCUGAUUCUGAGCACCUAUGCUGAGGUUGUGGUUGUACUGCCCAGACCAGCCAAGAGCUUCAGCAGCAAGGGCAUGAGGAGCUGUGCGGCCUGGAGCAGGCUCUACUGGGGAGCCCACAUGUGCCAUCCCAUGUCUUUAUCCAGAAGAUGGGGAGACUGGUUCUAUGCCUAGGGCUUGAGAGCUGAAAAUCACAUGAAGACUGAAUCUGAGUUCACCUGCAUCUGCCCCAGGCUGGAGGUCAUGGCAUUGUGGACCACAGCAAGUCUUCCCGCGGCACUUAGGACCCUGAUGGCCAUAGUGGCUUUGCUAUUGACUGUACUGUGUACACCCUUGGGCAAUGGCCUUCCAGGACCUGGCCAUCCAAGGGUGGCCCUAAGAUGGACCUGUAGCAUCAGAGCCAAGGAGCCUCACCUCUGACCCUGUAUUGUCAAAGCUGGCUCCACUGGACCAAGCUAAACCUGAAAUCCCGAGUCAGAGUCUUCUCCCCAGGACGCAUUGUAAAGAUAGUUGCAGUUAUCUCUGACAUGUCUGUUACAAGGCCACAUAGGUCCUUCUUUGGAAAGCUGGCAUCUGCUGCCUCUCAGUUGUCCUCCCUCCAAAGGCGUGGCUCUUCCUUCUAUGAGGAGAUUGACUAAGUGUGUCGUUGAGUCUGGAUCUGAGAAAUGAGAGACUCCUUUUCUCUGUCUAGGGCUCAGCAUUCUGGGGAGUUAGGCACUCAGCAUGUUGAUAAAAUAAGUGCACCUUCUAUGGACAGUAGCUGCUGUCUGUGAUGGGCAGUGGUUGCAACUCUUGAGGAGUACUGCAGCUAGCCCAGGGCCCAGUAGGGGGGUCAUCCAGGGGCCCUGACCUCCUCAUCCCCAUCUUACAGCCUUGCUCUCAGGCUCACUGCAGAGUGUGGUUUCUCUCACCUGCUUGGAUGACAUCCUGUCCCCAAGCCUGGGCAUGCCAGGCUCUGCAUGACAAGAAGUUUAACUGACCCACCAUGCCUGCUCCGCUGGCCCUGGUGGGUAGGUCUUCGUGACAAAGCCAGGGGUGCUCUGGAUUGGGAAGGGCCAUAUCUAAGUUGGACCCAAGGGCAUGAAGAACACUGCACAGGGCCUCAGAGACUUGGUACCAAAAACGCAUGUGCAAUCUGUUCACAGUCUGUGUUGACUACAUGUUGAAAUGAUAUUUUUGGAUAUAUUAGGUUAAAUAAAACAAAACGUUUCUCCCAAUAUUCUCAUUAUGGCUCUAGGGAAGGCUGAGUGGCCUCAUUUGUGACUGCCAUCCUACCCUCUGGGUGUCUUUUCCCAGAUUCAGGGCUAGCUAUGUCCCAUUUGCCUGGGACCCUCACUUUCUGCUCUAUGUGUGUGACUCAGGGCCUGUGAAGGUUCAUGGACAACCUCUUCACCAUGGCCAUAACCCAGUAGCUCCAGAGCCAGAGGAGACCCUUUUGCAAGAAAAAUGCUUCAUAGUCCCUCCACAUCUUUCCAGGAACCAGAAGUUAGGGAGCCUGCAGGACAGGGUGGAUGAGGACUCAGGUUCCACUGGCAGUUGGCCAUGAAGUCAUAGGGUUCUGAUGAGAAAAGGAAGGUUCUAGACUAACUCGGCUGUACCUGCCUCCUUCAGCAGGAUUCACUGAGGAGGCAGGUAUAAGGGCAGGACCCCACUACCUCAUACUUCAACUGCUCUCAGGGAAUCCACAGCCUUUCCUCCUGAGUCAUCUUCUCCCAAAGGUCCACAGUCUCCUCUCCAACCCUGUCUUCUCAAGAUCCAGACCUCUCCUCUUGACCCUCACCUCCCUAAGUCCCACAGCCUCUCUAAAUCCUUGCCUACACUGUCCCAAAGCCUUCUCUUCUGCCCCUCAACUGGUCCCCAGUCCCUGCAGCUUUCUGGCCCUGAUUACUCGCCUCCCUUCAGCCAACCUCUCAGCCACCCUGGCCUUGGUGUCCAGCUCUGGGCAGUCACAGGAGCUGAUACCAUAACCUGAGCUACAGGUGGUGACUGCAGGUGAAGCCAUGUCAGAGCUAGCAGACAGCUCCUCACUCGGACUUUCACCUCCUUCACAACUGAGCAACGUCACACUCGAGGACCUGGAGCUGCUCUUAACAGAAGGCCUAGCUAGUCCUGAGCCCUUGUGUGUGGAGACCCCGGAGAGGUAUGAGUGCAGUGGCCUGGUAUCCAGCUCCUUAAUCCCUGAACACGACACUCCUAAGCAGCGGAAACUGCUGGAGCAAUGGGUAGCUGAGCUGCAGGCUGAGGUGCUUCGCCUGAGGGGACACAAGGACCGCUGUGAGCAUGUCACACUGGGGCUGCUUCGUGAGCUGCUGCAGGUCCGUGCCCAUGUGCAGCAGCAGGCCUCCGAGCUGCACCAGCUGAGGCAAGAAGUGCAGCAGGCAGCUCGGAGCCCUAAGAAAGAGGCGCUAGAGUUGUCUGGGCCUCAGAGCCAGAACCAGAUAAAAGCCCUGGAUAAAAGGGCAACUCCUUGUGCCAGGCUGGUGGAGGUCCGAGAGGCUUUGACACAGAUCAGGAGGACACAGGUGCUACAGGACUCAGAGCGGAAAUGUACCGAGCAGGAGAUAAGUCUCAGGGUGACCAAGCUGACUGACUUGCUGAGGCAAGAGGAGCAGGGCCGGGAAGCAGCCUGCAGCACCCUGCAGAGGAACCAAGAGGACACCAACCAAAAGGUGGACCGUGGGUUGGCCAAGAUGCAGGACCAGGUGACUAAAUUCAGUGAGGAUCUGAGCAUCCGCUUCCUAAAGAGGGAGACCAAACUGUGCAGUUUUCUUCAGAAGUGUUUCAUGGCCAUGGAGCAGAGAAUGAAAUCUUCAGAGAGCACACGACUGAUGGCAGAAAGCAGCCUUCGAGAGGAACUGGAAAGCCGCUGGCAGAAGCUGCAUGAACUGACAGAGGAGCGCUUGCGGGCCCUGCGGACACAGCGUGAGGAGGAGGAAGGUCACCUGCUGGAGCAGUGCCGGGGCCUGGACAAAGCCGUGGUCUACCUGACGAAGUUUGUGCGACAGAACCAGGUGUCGCUGAAUCGUGUCCUGCUGGCUGAACAGAAGGCUCGGGAGGCCAAGGUGAGCUUGGAGGAGAGCCAGGCUGGAGAGCUGGCCACAUACGUCCAUGAGAAUCUGGAGGCGGUGCAGAUGGCUGGCAAGCUAGCCCAGCAGGAAACCCAGGGUGCACUGGAACUGCUCCAAGAGAAGAGCCAGGUCCUAGAGGGGUCAGUGGCAGGGCUGGACCAGAAGCUGAAGGGCCUGAAUGACCACUGUCUAGCUCUCAGCUGGAAGCUAGACCUGCAGGAGCGAACAGUAGACCUGAAGCUGUCCCAGGUGCAGGCUGCAUGGGAAGGUGUGGAGAGGAAGUCCCUGCAGGGUCUGGUCCAGUGGCUGAAAGAGGUCUCAGCUCACUUGCAGGAGGUGCAGGAAAAAGUGAACAGCCUGCCCCAGCAGAUAGAAAGUGUCUCCAACAAGUGUGUUCUUCACCAGAAUGACGUGGACCUGAAGAUCUCUGCUGAGGGCAAGGCCAGAGAGUUUGCAGUUGACGCUCUGCGACAGGAGCUAGCCACCGUGCUGAUGUCUGUGCAGUUUCUGAAGGAGGAGAACCCUGGGCGUAAGAUUGCAGAGAUCCAGGGCCAGCUGGCCACGUUUCAGAAGCAAAUAAUAAAGUUAGAGAACAGCCUCCAGGCCAACAAGACCAUCCAGAACCUCAAGUUUAAUAACGAGACCAAGCUGCGCACAGAGGAGAUUGCAACCCUGCGGGAGAACAUGCUGAGCCUGUGGAGUGAGGAGGGCCCCUGGCCACUGACGCUGGGCAGCAAGCGGGUAUUCAUGUCCCUGGUGAGGCAGCGGUUCUUCAUCAAGGACAUAGCCCUGGGCGAGCUGGUCUCUGUGAACUCCUGGGGCGUGUAUCAGGCUGUGAGGUGGCUUCAGUGGAAGACAGUCCUCUUGAACUUGAUGGCCCAGCAAAGACCAGGAGCAAUCUCAGCGAUGACCCACUGGAAGCCUGUACCCAAGAUCAUGUCUCUGACCCUGUCCCAGAAAUAAAGACGCCAGUUCUCGUA